AUGGCGGGCGUCAUGGCCAAUCCCGAAAAGCUUCCAUGGACCUUUGGUAUUGAGAUUGAAAUGCUGUUCGUAUUCGACGAGGAGAAAAUACGCACUGACCCUGCAUAUCAGUACAUCCUCCCAGAGAAAUUCGUUCAGGGCGAUGGCGAUGAUCUCAAAACUGACCUCGACAUGAAAUUGGUCCAUAACCUCAAUGAUGACGACGUCCUGAGGAAGAUCUCCGCCAUGAAACAAGCCGCCAACAUUCUGCGACAUAAAGGCCUCGAUCUGGCAUUGCACGUCAAACCAAACAAUCAAAACAAGAAAUUCAAUCGCUGGAUGUUGACCACAGAGUCGCACGUCCUCGAUCCGCAGGAUGACGACCAGCUUGCGCGAUGGUCCGAGGGCAGGCUACAAGAUUCUGAACCAUUGAGUUUUCAUGGUGGAAGUAUGAGCGAAGUUGCCCGUUAUGCGAACGUGAUAGCCGAGGCAUCAACUGUGGACGAACCGUACCAAUUCAUCUCAAACCCGGAAAAUGCAGGUGUUCAUGUCCACAUUGGUUUGCGUCCGAAAGACGGUAAACAAGUUUCAAUUCCCGUCGACGUUCUUCGGCAUCUUGCCUGGAUCAUUGUCUGCUUUGAAAAUGUCAUGACCUUGCUUCACCAUCCAGAGCGGCACGGUUACGGUGAAACAAAGAUAAUUUCAAGGUCAAAUCGCACUACUUUUGGCAGCCGCCAAUGGGCCGAACACCACUCUUGUCGUGCCCUUGAUAUGGAAGCGGUGUUCUUGCGUAACUUCACCAAGCACGUCACGGACGAUCAGGAUCUGAGCAACCUCAAGGAGGUCAUGUGCUCGACUCCAACAACUUAUGUACAUCCCCACUAUACGAAGUUUUGGUUCGUCAAUUUCUUCAAUAUCAAGCCAGGACCUGAGGUCGCCAAACUCACUGUUGAGUUCAGACAACAUCAUGGAACGCUCGACGCCAAUGAUCUACGUGAAUGGGUCAUUUUCGUCACAGCAUUGAUGAGAACAGCAGAACGAAAAGCCAAUGAGUCCAAGACGAAACAAUGGAAAGAAGCAGCCGGUACCCCAAACGCCGAGCUCGAGGAGGAGGCAAAGUACUCUGGCAUGUUUGACGGAAGGAGAACGCUCAAGGAACUUUUCGAUCUGAUGGGAUUGCCGAUUGAGAGGCGGUCGUACUGGUGGGAGCGUGCGAAGAAAUUCAGACGUGUGGCGUUCACUUUGGAGAGAGACUACGACGCAUUGGCUCUGUGCCUGGGUGGGUGUGGCGACCGUCCGCAAAGAGAUUGUGAAGGAUGGGCGCAUGGCGAGCUGGACUUGCAACCCUGGUAG